GUGUGUCAGCAUGAGCACCAACUCUUUGAUCAUUUUUUUCCAUCUUCUUCCAAGGAUAUUUCUAGCUUGGCUCCUUUGAUAGAUCCUCUGUGUACUAACUUGUAUGACACGUUGCGCCCAAGACUUAUUCAUGAAACAAAUCUUGAUACUCUUUGUGAACUUGUUGACAUUCUCAAAGUUGAAGUCCUAGGAGAACAACUGAGCAGACGAAGUGAAUCUUUAGCUGGACUACCUCCUACACUAGACAGGAUUUUAGCAGAUGUUCACGAGCGGUUAACUUUUCGUGCUCGAACGCACAUUUGUGAUGAGAUCACGAAUUAUGUUCCUUUUGAUGACGAUUUGGAUUAUCCCACAAAGCUGGAGCGAUCGGCUGAGAUGAAAUCAGAAAGUACUGCAUUGGAUCGUUGUCUAGAACCGCCUGUUUUCACCGGUUUGGCACAGGAAGCGGUAGAAGUUUGUUCCUUAUCCAUCCAAAAAGCAAGCAAACUCAUUGUGAAAAAAUCUUCACCAAUGGAUGGGCAACUCUUCCUUAUAAAGCAUCUUCUUAUUUUAAGGGAGCAGAUUGCACCAUUUGAUAUAGAGUUCUCAGUCACGCACAAGGAGCUUGAUUUCUCUCAUUUGCUGGAGCAUCUGAGACGAAUUCUUAGAGGUCAGGCCUCACUAUUUGGUUGGUCAAGCUCAACUUCCUUGGCAAGAACACUAUCUCCUAGAGUUUUGGAAAGUCAAAUGGAUGCCAAGAAG